AUGUCUAGUGCGGUUUCGGUUAUCCUGCCUUGCAUUCUGCCUGGCAAUCUUCUGGGUGAGUCGAUAUCAGCGUCAGAAGCCCUAAGUAUCAAAACUCAUCGAGAACAGGUCGAUUACACCUGCGCGCAUGUUAUUGCCACCCUGGCAGCAGUUGAAGACCCCAAUCCGCCUAUAUAUAUUCAACUAGAAAGCGAAGAGCCGUUUUCCCACGAUGCUACUGAUCCCGAAGCCGCAGCCCCAGAAGCACAACCCACCACCAGCAGUUUACGCUCGUCCAUCAAGCACCUGCGCAGCCACGGUAUCUGGUCAAAGUCCCGUGGCUUUCCCUUAUAUAUAGCCCUGGGCGUGCUCAACCUAUUUAUGCCGGUUAUUCCACUUUCUUCAUUCAUCCCGAUCAACUUGCGCAUCCUUGCAUUUCUGAAGAAAGCCGUCGUGGCCAUGGCGACAGCAACCUUGCAGAUGGCGUGGGUGCAUCUCGUCAUCGCGAGGAAAGGUGCUGCGAGCCCUCACAGGCGAAGACUUGGCCUGCGGCAUUGGCCUCAGAUUGCGCCUGCUGCUGCGUUGAAUAAUUUGAUAGAGAUUGCGACUUUCUCUGUGUUUCGCGUUUCCACGAGGCCCGUUGGAUGGACUAUUGGCUGGACUCUCUUGACUGUUCUUACCAAUCCGCAGCAUGGUAUGUCUGUCGGCGAUCUGGUCGGAGAUAUUGUGGCGGCUUUGAUUUUCCCAUUGAUUUUUGCUCCUGCUAGGGCGAUAUUCGUCCGCGUGGCUGCUUCUAUGCUGCCCGAGGAGCAUGAUCCAAUUGUGACUUUUGAUCGCUCUUUUGGUGGAAAAGUGAAGCCGGGGAAUUUGGGCAGUGGCAGGCUCGGGCUUGUAGAAGCCUGGACUACAUUUGAAUGGCCUGCUCGCAGGCGCUUUCUUUUAGUCGUCAUUCAGGCGUUUGGUAUUGAGGUUGCGCUGGUUCUUGUCGGGAUCCUUGUAGUAUGGUGCGAAUUGUGGAUUUUCAUCGGGCUAAAUGAAUAA